AUGAUGGAUGUGGCUAAGCUUUUACGCAUCAGCAACGAAAAGCAGGCUAUCCUUUUGCAACUGUUUGUGGUGUGUGUUGCUGCUAUCUUAGCUUUUGCUGUUAGGCUGUACUCUGUUAUUCGUUUCGAAUCAGUUAUUCAUGAAUUUGAUCCUUAUUUUAAUUAUCGCACUACACGUUUUAUGACUGACAAUGGAUUUUACCAAUUUCAUGAUUGGUUCGAUGAUAUGGCAUGGUAUCCACUCGGAAGGAUCAUUGGAGGUACUAUAUAUCCUGGACUUAUGAUGACAUCGUCUUUUAUAUACUCACUACUUCAUGCUAUAAAUGUUACCAUGGAUAUACGAAAUAUAUGUGUAUUUUUGGCACCUUUGUUUUCAAGUUUUACAACUUUAGCAACCUUUUUACUGACAAGUGAGAUUCAGGACACUAGUUCUGGCCUAAUAGCUGCUGCUUUGGUUGCAAUUGUACCUGGUUACAUUAGCCGAUCAGUUGCAGGUUCUUAUGAUAACGAAGGAAUCGCCAUAUUCUGCAUGAUAUUUACGUUUUAUCUGUGGAUUAAAGCCGUUAAAACCGGUUACCUGUUCUGGGCUUGCGCUUGCAGCUUAGCGUACUUUUACAUGGUUUCCUCUUGGGGUGGAUACGUAUUUUUAAUAAACAUCAUACCUAUUCAUGUAUUAAUACUCAUGCUUACUGGAAGAUUUUCAAGUCGUGUUUAUUCUGCCUACUCUACUGUUUACGUUCUGGGUACCAUACUGUCAAUGCAGAUUAGUUUUGUUGGCUUUGCCCCUGUAAUAUCCAGUGAACAUAUAGGAGCUUUCGGGGUGUUUGGAUUAUGUCAACUUUUCUCCUUUUAUACGUACCUUCGUGGGACUUUAUCUUCUGAACAACUGUCAACAGUUUUGCGUGUUUUUGGUUUAUCAUUGUUUGGUAUAGCGUUGAUUGGCGGUUCUGUGUUGUCAGCUACAGGGAAAAUAUCACCUUGGACUGGACGAUUCUAUUCGUUAUUGGACCCAACUUAUGCUAAGAAUCAUAUUCCAAUUAUUGCUUCUGUAGCUGAACAUCAGCCAACCGCUUGGAGUUGUUAUUAUUUUGAUCUUCAUUUCUUAACGGUAAUGUUUCCUGUGGGUUUAUACUAUUGCUUCCGGAAAUUGACAGAUGCUAGUAUCUUUGCAAUAAUAUAUGGCAUUACAAGCGUUUACUUUUCGGGUGUUAUGGUUCGGCUUAUCUUAGUAUUAGCACCGAUAAUGUGUAUUUUGGGUGCAAUCGGAGUUUCUGGAAUUUUGAAGUCAUUUUCAGUUAAUCUUAAUGUACCAGAUAGUCAAAGUACAAAAACGCCAAGUAAACUUACCGCAGCUAAUGGACAUCCAUCUAUCCCAAAUAGUAAUAAACUUUAUAAAAAUUUAGUGCAAGACUCAACUUAUCCGUUCAAAAAUACAGUAGCUUCAUUUAUGGUUCUGCUUAUGUUAUUUAUAUUAAUACUAUUCACUAGGCAUUGUAUAUGGGUUAUAUCAUCGUCAUAUUCUCAUCCAUCGAUUGUAUUAGAAACUGUAGAUAGUUUUGGUAAUCGUCAUAUAUUAGACGAUUAUAGAGAAGCAUAUUAUUGGCUUAGAGAGAAUACGAAGGCCGAUGCUAAAAUUAUGUCUUGGUGGGAUUACGGCUAUCAGAUUACUGCUAUUGCUAAUCGUACUGUGCUUGUGGACAAUAAUACAUGGAAUAAUACUCAUAUUGGUCGUGUAGGUCAAGCUAUGGCAUCAUCUGAGGAGGAAGCUUAUGAAAUUAUGAAAGAAUUAGAUGUUGAUUAUGUACUGGUUAUUUUCGGUGGUGUACUGGGGUACAGUUCUGAUGAUAUCAAUAAAUUUAUUUGGAUGGUACGUAUAGCUGGUAGUACAGAAAAAGGUCGUCAUGUACAUGAAAAUGAUUAUUAUUCACCACAUGGUGAAAUGCGUGUAGAUGAUAGAGCUAGUUCUACAAUGCAAAACUGUUUACUGUACAAACUUAGUUAUUAUCGAUUCUGGGAAAUGAAAACUGAUAAAACCAAGCCACAUGGAUUUGAUCGUGUACGUGGUCAAGUAAUUGGGCAUCGAAAUUAUGAAUUGCACGGUUUAGAGGAAGCAUUUACUUCUUCUAGUUGGCUUGUACGAAUAUUCCGAGUAAAACCAUAUGCAAAUCGAGGAGUUAACUAA